AUGGCAAAGCCAGUAGUCUACAUUGUUCUGUACUCGUUAUAUCAGCAUGUGUACAAGCUAUCUCAAUCCAUUCAACAAGGUUUAGAAGAGAAGGGUGUUGAAGUCCAUGUUUUUCAAGUAGCAGAGACGCUUUCUGAUGAAAUUCUGUCCAAGAUGCAAGCACCUGUCAAACCUGAUCUGCCCAUCAUGACCGUUGACAAGCUAGCAGAACCUGAUGGCGUUAUCUUUGGUCUUCCUACUCGCUUUGGCCUCUUCCCUGCACAGAUCAAGACAUUGCUCGAUGCCAGUGGCGCUUUGUGGGCUAAAGGGGCUUUGGCUGGUAAAUUUGCUGGUACUUUCUUCUCAACUGCCUCACAGCAUGGGGGUCAAGAAACCACUGCGCUUACUGCUGUCACUUACUUUGCUCAUCAUGGUAUGAUGUACGUUCCAUUUGGCUAUGCCAAUGUUGCUUUACAAAACAACAACGAGGUUAUUGGUGGCUCUGCUUACGGUUCUGGUUCAAUCAGUGGUGGCGAUGGAUCACGUCAGCCUACACACACUGAAUUAGCCAUUGCCAAGAAUCAAGGUCAAAAUUUUGGUGUGAUUGUAAGUACCUUUGUCAAAGGUAGAGAUGCUAUUGAGGGUGCCGCUCCAGACAUUAAUAACAAGCUGGCCGACGGAAAUGUCAAUGGUACCACCGCUUCUGCUGACCCUGCUGCUACCACCACCAAUGCUACUGGAACUGGAGCUGCUGCUGCUGCUGCUGCUGGAGCUGCAGGUGCUGCAGGUGCUGCAGGUACCGCUGGAGCCUCUUCUGCUGUAGGCAAUGCUGCCCCUACGAACGCCAUAGAAGGCGUCCCCAAGGAUGCUGCAGGAAAUACCUCUACUGCGCCUGCAGACAUCACUUCAGAUGCUAACAAUGGACCUGCUACACCUGUUCAUGGUACAACAAACGAGGGUAAUGCAGCUCCUACCAAUGCCAUCGCCGGUACUCCUGCUGUUCCUGCUGGGAAUGCUGCUACCACCACAGCCACUAAUGAUGCUUCGACUGCUCCAACUGGAGGCAAGACCACUACUACUGCAACUGAGCCAACGACAACUACAGCUGGCGACACUGCAAACACAACAGCAAAUAACAACGCAUCCAAGGUGGGUGCUUCUGCAGGCGCAGCUGCUGCAGGAACAGCAAGUGCAGUGCCCAACCAAGUCAAAGACAACAAGCCAAAGAAGAAAAAGAAGUGGUUCUGUUGCUAG